UAAGCGAGGGGGAAUGGGGUUACGAUUUUGCUAAUGUUGUUUGUAAUUCCUAGAAAAUAUAUCAGUUGCCAAAAUCAAACUUUUAAGAUCCGGCCCUGUCUUGUUCAAAAACUUUUCUGAAUUUUAAUAUCCCAAGACCAAAGCCUUGCAAACCAUUUCAUUGCCAACGUUUAACCCGGCAACAUUAACGAAAAUGCAAAUUUCGAUCUCUAUUCUUAUAUCGACUCUCAUUGCAUCUUUAGAGGCUCAAAAGUAUAUGAUCAACUGUUUCUAUGGUUCUUGGGCCUCGAAAACUUUGAAACCUCAACUACUGCCCCAAGGCAUUAAUCCCAAUUUGUGCACCCACAUCACCUAUGCCUUUUUUGAACUAACCGGCAGUGGACGGGUAAAUCGCCAUGAACACGAGUAUGCUACCUUAGCGGCCUUCAGCAAAUUGAAAUCGAAUAAAGGCAAACCAAAGUUAAUAGCCGCAAUUGGAGGUCCCAGUGUAAAGGCAGAACAGUUCACUGCCAUAGCAGCAGAUGAAGAAGCGCGCACCCAACUUGUGACAUCUGUCGCAAUGUUGCUCAGAGAUUACAGCUUCGAUGGAGCAGAUCUGCAUUGGUAUUUUCCUGGUAGGCGUUUCCAUAAUGAGGACAAGGAAAAUUUUGUAACUUUGCUGAGAGAUUUGAAAGCUGAAUUAAACGAAAAUGGUUACAUUUCCGGCGUUACAGUUAGUGGUGAGGUCGAGUAUGCCGCACGCUGGUAUAAUGUAUCCCAAAUUUCUCCCAAUGUAGAUUUUAUCAAUGUCAUGGCCUAUAAUUAUACCAGCAGCAUAUUUCCCGUUUUUCUUGCGCCAUUGUUUGGUGAAACUAGCCAUGUUGAAGCCAGCAUGAAUUUUUGGAUAGCACACGGUGCUCCCGCUGGGAAACUAAAUUUGGGUGUAGCUUUAAUAGGUCGCUCGUUCAAAAUUAAGAUUUUGAAGCCUGAACUGAGGACUACUACUAGCGGACCGCUGGAGAAGACCACAAUGGCACCGGUUAAGGAGACCACAAUGGCACCGGUUAAGAAGACCACAUUGGCACCUAAUGUUACGACCACACCAUUUCCUCGUUUCAACACCUUUACUCAAAUGUGUAUACGGGGUAAAAACAAGUCGGCUCACUAUCACUAUAUACCACGAGUGGAGACUGCCUUUAUGAUAGAAGGAAAUGUGUUGACAGGCUUUGAAAAUGAUCAAAGUCUGGGCGCCAAAAUGGGGUUUGUGAAAAAACACAGUCUGGGUGGAGUGAUGAUUUGGUCUCUGGAAAAUGAAGAUUUCCUAGGUAGAUGUGGUCUGAAAUUUCGUAUAUUGCGUUUGAUUAACACCUUGUUGAAAUAGUGGAAAACUUGUGGUGGCAUUUAUAAUAUAAAAUUUUGAAAAAAAAAUGGAAAACAUUUAA